AUGUUGUUCCAUCGCUACAGGCCCUGUCUUCCUGGCGAAGAGUUGGCCCCGAAGCUCUGGCCGGUGUCCCUAUACCGAAUCCUGAAUCACAUACCCAGGCCGCUGAAGGCGGAAUUGAGUCGCUGGUCCGUUUUCCUGGAUUGGGUGCUGAUUUUCCUAGGCUUUCUCGGAAGCGAGCAAAACGAGGUGGACUUUCAUUACCUGAUAGCAAUUCGGCAGGAUAUGGACAGCCUGCUGACGGGCAUGCCCACAUAUCUGAUUCUGGUGGAAAUGCAGAUACGCUGCUUUCAGCUGACCUGGCACAAGGAUCGCUUUUGGGCCCUGUUGCAGAGGUUUUAUGAGAAAAUCUACGUGGCGCAGAAACUGGAGCUUCAUUUGCUAGCCACGCGCCUUAAUUCAACGGUCUAUCUGCUGGUCCUGUUCAAUUUCGUUCUGGUCCCCGUGAAGAAUGACCAUUGGCGGGAAGUUCUCUACAAGCAGGUGUAUCCCCUUGACAACACGCAACUGGGACUCAACUUCAUUAAAAAUUAA